AUCAUCUAUGCCGUUUAUGGAGUACAUUUUCACGUCAUGAAAAUGGCACCUUUUUCGUUGUUCAAGUUGUCUCCAGACCAUUUGGCUUUGUGCUUGCAAAAAUGCCUGAAAGCGAAGGCUCUGAGACAAGGAAAGCAAGUUCAUGCAGUGUUGUUAACAAGUCGGGUUUACAUGAACUUGUUAUCUUUGAGCUCAAAGCUUGUUGGGACGUAUGCUAGUUGUGGGGAUAUGGGUUCUGCAAAGCUUGUGUUUGAUAAAAUUCCCAAGCCAAAUGUUUUUGCAUUAAAUUGGAUGGUGUUGGCCUCUGCCUUUAAUGGGCAUUAUGAUGAAGCAAUUGGGUACUUUUAUUUGAUGCAAGAAUUGGGAGUUAUUGGCAAUAAGUUCACGUUUCCAGUCAUGCUUAAAGUCUGUGUUGGCUUGAUGGAUUUGAAUAAGGGAAAAGAAGUUCAUGCUAUGGUAAAUAAACUUGGUUUUGCGAAGGAUGUCUCUUUGGCAAAUGCCUUGAUAGAUAUGUAUUGUAAAUGUGGAAGUGUAUGUCAUGCUCACCGUGUGUUUGACAGAAUGCUCGACAGAGAUGUUGCUUCUUGGACAUCAAUGAUAUGCGGGUAUUUUAAUGUAGCAAAGACUGAUCAAGCCCUUCUUUUGUUCGAGAGGAUGAAGUUGGAUGGAUUGGAACCAAAUUAUUUCACAUGGAAUGCAAUGAUAGCUGGGUUUGCUCGGUGUGGAGAUACAGAGCGAGCAUGUGCACUUCUCUCUAGAAUGACUGAAGGACUGGUUCCAGAUUUGGUUACUUGGAAUGCAAUAAUUGCUGGUUUUUCCCAAAGCCAGCAUGCUGGUGAAGCAUUUAAACUGUUCCGUGUCAUGUUGCUGUCUGGAACUAAACCAAACCUUGUGACAAUCACAGGGUUGCUCCCAGCUUGUGGGUUGAUUGGUUCAAUUCAAAGAGGGAGAGAAAUUCAUGGAUUGAUCUAUAGGAUAGGCUUUGACAUAAAUGUCUUUGUUGCUAGUGCUCUUAUUGAUAUGUACUCAAAAUGUGGCAGUGUGGAAAAAGCUCGAAGUGUAUUUGACCGGGUUCCUGUAAACCACGUUGCAUCAUGGAACGCAUUGAUUGGAUUAUAUGGCAAGUAUGGAAUGGUUGAUUCCUCCAUAGAGCUUUUUGAAAGAAUGCAAGAGGGAGGAGUGCAGGCAAAUGAAGUGACUUUGACAUGUGUACUUUCUGCAUGCAGCCAUAGUGGUUAUGUGGAAAAAGGCUUAAAGAUUUUCAGGUCCAUGAAAGGGAGUCAUGGAGUUGAGGCAAGUAAAGAACAUUACGCUUGUGUUGUUGAUCUCUUGUGCCGGUCAGGGAAGAUGGUAGAAGCUUACGAAUUGGUCAGGGAAAUGCCUGUUGAGGUCACUGAAUCCAUUGUUGGCGCCUUUUUCAACGGGUCUAAAGUCCAUGGAAGAAGAGAUCUUGCAAAGAUGAUGGCUGAAGCUAUUCUAAAAAUGGAGUUAAAGAGACCUGGAGGUUUUGUGACACUUUCAAAUAUCUAUGCUGCUGAUGGAGAAUGGGAAGAGGUUGAGAAAGUAAGGAAGGUGAUGAAGCAGAGGAAGAUCCUCAAGAAACCUGGAUCUAGUUGGCUUGAUAAAGGGAUGGCUUUGCAGGAGUGGAAGUAGAAAAGAAGUCAACGAAGUGUGUAUCCAAGGUCUGUCUCUUAUAAGAUAUAAUCAGUUCAGUAAAACAUUAUAAAAAAGGGUCCUUAAUACUGUAAACCCUUGUGUUUACAAAAAUAAGGACCACAUUUAUACAGCCAAGUACCAAGGCCUUGGGAGAGAUUUGAACAUGUUUCACAUACUAUGCAAUUGCA